CAUGCUUUUCCUUGUAGUUUCCAGGCAAAAGUGUUAAGACUUUUCAUAACAAGAAAACAAGAAACAAAUUGGAGCCUUUUCAUUCUACCUUCCAUUUUGUUCAGAAAGCACAUCAAACUUCAUCAAAUUAAAGCAACGGACGUGAUGGUUGGUUUUAAUGAAGAAACUGAAAUGCUUAUAGAGCAACUUGUGAGAGGACAUCGGCAAUUAGAUGUGAUCUCAAUAUUUGGAAUGCUAGGACUCGGAAAAACAACUUUGGCUAAGAAAUUUUAUGAUCAUGAAGCAAUUUCCAAUCGCUUCGAUAUUCGCUUGUGGUGUUGUUCUUCCCAAUCUUAUAAUAAUAGAGCUCUCUUGUUUGAAUUAUUAGGUCAUAUUUGUGAGAUUGAUGAUUUUAUUAAAGAAAAAAGUGAUGAUGAGUUAGCUGAGAAGCUUUAUAGAUAUUUGAAGGGAAAGAGGUACCUUAUUGUAGAGGAUGAUGUGUGGAGUCCUAAUGCAUGGGAUGAUAUAGAGAGACCGUUUCCCGAUGAUAAUAAAGGAAGUAGAAUUAUUUUGACAACUAGACUUGAAUCAAUUGCCACGUAUGCCAUGAUCAAUUCGAGUCCUCAUCAUCUUCGCUUGUUCACAGAAGAAGAAAGUUGGAUGCUACUGAAGGAGAAGGUAUUCAAAGAAGACAAUUAUUAUCCUCAACAACUCGAGGAUAUAGGUAAGCAAAUCGCGACAAAGUGUGGAGGAUUACCACUUGCAAUUGUAUUGGUAGCUGGUGUUCUUGCAAAUAAUGAUAAGGAAGUAAUUCAUUGGCAACAAGUAAGGGAACGUUUGAAGUUAAAAAUGCAAGGUUGUAUGGAUAUAGUUGAAUCGAGUUAUCAACACUUACCCGUUCAUUUGCAGAAUUGUUUUCUCUACUUUGGUUCAUUUCUAGAGGGUGAGAAAGUUCCUGUUCAAAAAUUGAUACGACUAUGGAUCGCAGAAAAUUUUGUUGAAGCUAGUAGUACUACAUUGAAGAGCUUAGAGAUGGUUGCAAUGGAUUAUUUGAUGGAUUUAAUUAGGAGCAACCUAGUGAUGGUGGCUAAUAUAAAUUCCUCAGGGGAGCUUAAAGCUGUCUAUAUUCAUGAUGUAAUACAUGAAUUUAGCUUGAGGAAAGCUAAAGUUGGCAACUUUUUGCUGAGGAUAAAUGACCGGCUUGUUUAUAUACUUCCAUCUUCCAAAGGUCGCUCUGGACGCAUAUAUAUCUUAGCACCUUCCGGAUGAAAUAUCAACACCUUAAGGACGGAGAGUUUUCUAACCUUAAAGUUUUGAAAUUAAAGAAACUAGGACUCUCGGAAUGGACUGCCUCUGAUGACUCGUAUCCCAACCUAGAGCAAGUACUGGUGCACGGGUGUUGGAAACUAGAGGAAAUUCCUUAUAGUUUUGGGAGUAGUUGCUCAAUGCAACUUAUUGAGGUAAGAUCAUGUUGUGACUCCGCAGUAAAUGCUGCCCUCAAAAUUAAAGAAACACAAAUUGAGGAGAUGGGGAAUUCUGAAUUCAAGGUUAUUAUUUGUAAGUAAAGUCACAAGCCUGAUUCCGAAGGGUUGUUUUAAUUAGGUUUCUUGUCAUAUUAUUUAAUUAAAUAUGUAAAUGAAAUGCUAUGCAUGGUAUGUAAUGCCAUCCUAUAAUUGCUUGAUCUAAGAGUCUAAUAGAUUGAGUGGCCUCCUUAGAGGACUCUUGCUGCAGUAGGACAGUUAGUAAUCUGAAAGGUCUUGGGAGUGAUUGACUGUCCCCAAUUAUUUAGGGACAGUUACUCAAAAGGGCAGCCCGGUUCACUAAGCUCCUGCUAUGCGCAGGGUC